AUGAAGUACACCAUCACCUCGCUCGCCAUCGCUGGCUUCGCUGCUCUGGCCUCUGCUGCCGAGAACGCCUUCAUCGUCCCUACCUCUGGCUUCGCUCCCGUCGCUGGUCAGGACAUCCAGCUUCAGUGGGAUGCCACCGCCGGCAAGACGGUCACGCUCGUGCUCCGCUCCGGUGCCAGCAACGACCUGAAGGAGGGCUCCCCCAUUGCCGAGAAGAUCGACAACACCGGUUCCUACACCUGGUCCGUCCCCAAGGACACCGUCCGUGGUUCCGACUACACCAUCGAGAUCAUCAACGACGACGACCCGACCGAGACCAACUACUACCCGUACUUCGUCCUUGAGUCGACCGUCACCGUCGCCUCCACCACCAGCACCUACACCUACGGUGCUGCCACGACCACCCCCUCGGCCACCUCGGUCAAGGCCUCUUCCACCAAGUCCUCUUCCGACGACGAGUCCUCGACCCUGGCCACCUCGACCAAGUCGUCUUCCGCUUCGGCCUCGGCCUCUGCCUCUGCAUCCGGAUCGUCGAGCUCUUCCUCGUCCCGCACCGCCUCGUCGUCGGAGAGCACUUCCACCUCUACCUCCACCCAGUCCGCUUCCGGCAACGCACCCACCAGCGGCGCUGCUGCUAACCGCGUCAUUGGAGGCGGCCUGGCCCUGCUGGGCGCUGCCUGCGCUUUCUUCAUCUUGUAA